AUUAAUUAAUUGAACUUUCUGGUAAACUUACUCCACAUCGAGACUGCGGUUGCCGUAAUUUCGUGCCUGCAGACCCCAAUUGACCCUGAAAGUCGAAACAGGAGUUAUUCUUUCUCAAUACAGGGAACUCGACCUGUCCCGCUCAUUGAUAAUACCGCGCUCAAUUUAAUAUUGCCAUGACCUUAUGAGAAGAACACUUUAAGCAGUGACGCGACCUCAGAAACUCCUCGAGACCUCCCACGAUCCAACUCAAUUGCCUCCUUCGGGUUGGCAGGAAACACGAUACUCCCAUUGUACCUAAGCAGACAUGGCGCAAAGUGCAGUAGGGUCGUAUUCGAACCCGUUGAAGAAGUUCAAGCUGGUCUUUCUCGGUGAACAGAGUGUCGGCAAGACCUCUUUAAUAACACGAUUCAUGUAUGACUCUUUCGACACGACUUAUCAAGCCACGAUCGGCAUCGACUUCCUCUCCAAAACGAUGUAUCUGGAAGACCGCACCGUCAGAUUACAACUAUGGGAUACUGCCGGGCAGGAAAGGUUUCGUUCGCUUAUCCCUUCAUACAUUCGCGACUCCUCGGUAGCGGUGGUGGUCUACGACAUCUCUUCCAAAAAGACUUUUGAACAGACGCGGAAAUGGAUAGAUGAUGUCAGGGGCGAGCGCGGUAAUGAUGUGAUUGUUGUGCUGGUAGGAAACAAGACCGAUCUUGGGGAUAGCAAGCGGGAGGUUACGACGCAGCAAGGUGAAGAAGAGGCGAAGAGGGCAGGCGCCAUCUUCAUGGAGACGAGCGCAAAGCUGGGCCACAAUGUCAAGGCGCUGUUCAGAAGGAUAGCCCAGGCUCUGCCCGGGAUGGAUGCCGAAAGCGAAGCGCAACCCAACCCACAAGUGAUUGAUGUUGCGGUUAACAACCAAAAGCCGGCUGACGACGGUUGCGCAUGUUAGAGCAGACAAUAGUACAACUCACAACGAUGCAAGUCUUGGGACGAUUCCGUUGGAUUAAUCCGUUCGGGUGCUUGGAGGCGUUUCCCUCAAGGCGGCCUUUCAGCCUGGCGAGGUAUAUGAUUCAGCAUAGCACGGCGUUUUUGGGCAUCUC